CCGAACUGAAAGGGAUCGCCGGCGAUGCAUGCCCGCCCCGGAGGAAAAGGCUGCACCUGUCCGGCACGCCGGAGGGAGCUAGCCAUGCCAGCUCCAGCCGCCAUCCUAAUCAAAAGUUCUUCCAAGCUUCCAGAUGAGACGAGCAGAGAAUCUCUGUCGACCGGCCGCGAUGGAUAAGCUGGCCGGAGGCCAGUCGACGGGUCGAGCUGGAAGCAAGGCCCCCGGCCGCGGGGCCAGCUGAGAUUCCUGCCUUGAGCAUCACGUUUGCCACAGCCCUCACGAAAGCCCAGAGCAACCCAAGCGGCCGGCCGGCUGGUCGUGCAGCCAAUGGAAGCAAGGAACAAAAGCUAGCUUGGGCUGCUUAGCCAGGCCAGCUUGCUUCGCUAUCUCGUCGCCGGUAAAGUAUUUGGGUAUUUCGCGUCGUUUCUGCAUCGGUGGUGUGCUAGCUCGUGGGUGCGUGUAUAUAAAGGGUGCGCCUGCGAACGCUACCUGAUCAGGCCAGCAGAAAGAGUAUACGUAGAGCGCGAGCUAGAUUGUUGUGAGUAGUAUAGGAGCCGUCGAGCUCGUUGGCCGUCGACGAGUCGAUCAGCUAGUAGCAAGAAGCUAGGUUCUUCGAUGGCGAACGCGGGUCUGAAGCCGGUGGCCGGGCUCCUCCUGGUGCUCAACUUGUGCAUGUACGUCAUCGUGGCGGCGGUCGGCGGCUGGGCCAUCAACCACGCCAUCAACUACGGCUUCUUCAUCGGCUCCGGGCUGCAGCUCCCGGCGCACUUCUCCCCGAUCUACUUCCCCAUCGGCAACGCGGCGACCGGGUUCUUCGUCAUCUUCGCGGUGAUCGCCGGGGUGGUCGGCGCGGCCGCGGCGCUGGCGGGGUUCCACCACGUCCGCGCCUGGAGCUCCGAGAGCCUGCCGGCGGCGGCAUCCUCCGGGUUCAUCGCCUGGACGCUCACCCUGCUCGCCAUGGGACUGGCCGUCAAGGAGAUUGAGCUGCACGGCAGGAAUGCCAGGCUGGUCUGCAUGGAGUCCUUCACCAUCAUCCUGUCGGCGACGCAGCUCUUCUACCUGCUCGCCAUUCACGGAGGGAGGUGAAGACGAAGCGGAGGCGCCUGAGAAUUGAGGUGACUGACGCAUCGGUUUCAUCGGUUUGCUGUGGGUUUCCUCCGGGAUGGAGAGGCAGCGCGUCCGUGUAUCUGCGUGUUAAUUACGUACGCCAUGUGUGGGGGGUGCCCAGUGCCAAUGCUGGGUUCCGUCGAUUGCUGCGUGUAGCUGUUUGCUGAUUUGAUCAAUGUCAUGAUGUGGUGAAUAUUCAUUUGA